AUGAUGCAAGCAACAGUCGAAAAAAAAAUCACAGCUGAUUCAACCCUUGGAAUCAUUGGUAGCACAUCCCCCAACACUUCGACACAGACGACCGAUGUGUCAGCCCCUCAAUCUAGUCGUGCAGCUUCUUUACCAAAAGAUCUGGACGCUAACGUCACUUCUACUGCAAUGGAUCUUGAUCCAAUAGUACCAAUCGGGAAACCCCAUAAAAAUGAUUCAAAUACAUUAACAAAAAACUCAAACCACCUAACUACUGUAAGAGUCCGCGUCCAAAUGACGGAUUGUCCGCGUCCUUAUGUAUUCAACUUUCGACAACUUUAUAAACGGGAACUAAAACGAGCAGAAGAGCAGCAAAAUAUGGGCUUGGACACUAGGCAGCCAUUAGCCGCCUUACAAAACAAAGAUGAAGAUGCUUUUUUUGAGCAGUUAUUAAGAAAUGCGAAAUUAUAUGCUAUGGAAGAUAUUGAUGGAAAGAACAAGAAUGGGGUUAGUGGAACAAACGGCAGCGAUAGCGAGGACGAAUCUGAAGCAGGCGAAGAUGGCACAUUACCAGGCUCGAAAAAGAAAUUACCGGACGAUUACGAUUAUGAAGACCCAUUUAUUGAUGACAGUGAAUUAUUGUUGGAUGAUGAUAUGGAAUACACAACGGCUGAACAUAGUGGGUUUUUUGUUUAUCAUGGAUCUCUCGGACAACAAGAAAGUAAAACUACCUCGUCAUCUACUGAUUCAACAAUAGUGCCAAAGCGGAAAACUGCAUCAAAAGGAAAAGCAACGACGGCGGUGGCAUCUACUACACCUUCAUCUCUCUCAACGAAUAAAAAGGCUACUGGCAAUGAUGAUAAUAACAAAUUGAGAAAAAAGCCUACUGCGAAUACCACUGCGCCAUCAACGUCAUCUAGCAGUAUUGUUGCAACAAAUAAAGUGAAGAAGCCCAGUGGUGUUACUUCAUUGUCUAGUAUGAGUACACCAACUGCCGCAAAAAAAUCGGACGAACAUGUAAAGAAGAAGAAGAAAUCAGAAGAGCACCAUUCAAAAGCACCUACAGCGAAGAAAGCUGAACCCAUCUCGAAUAACUCUCAAUCACAAGUAUCAAAGAAGGAAGGGACGACUCAUAAAAAAGUUAAAUCAAAAGUGUUGUUACCACUGGAUCCUGAAAUCCAAGUAUUAAUGGAAAAGUUACAAGAGGAUGUCAAAAAAGAAACUUUCGCAAACAAGUCUAAAUUUCCUACAGUAUUGAAACCUACAGUAUUGGAAGCUGGGUUGAUUAUGCUACGCAAACACAGAGUGAUUGAUGACAACCUCGUUCAGCAUCUGAUGACCAUUCUACCUUAUAAUAGAUUCACAUUAAGGAAAUUUCUAACAACGAAAGCGGGUCAAAUACGAGUCGACGAAUUACAGCAGGAAAUCGACGAGUUAAUCAUCAAAUUGAAGCAAACAAUUGACAGACAGAUGCCAGACCAACAAAGACUUUAUAAUGAACAGGUGGCUCUGGCUCAAGCUUCAAAGGCAGCAGCAGCACCAGCAGCACCAGCAGUUGAGGGGAAGGAAGGAGAGGAUUCCGCAGUUGGAGCUACAAAAACAGAAGAAAUUCCUGCUCCCAAAUUCAAAUGCAACGAUGAAGUAAAGAAGAUCCUGUAUGAUAUAAUGAAAACGGAGGAAGCUUCCGUGCAGUUAGUGAAUGAUAUAGCUAAGAGUAAAGACAAUAAUGUGAAACCAGAUGCUCUUGCAUCCGAAAGUAAAUCCCGGAAGCAAAUGUAUCAGCGCCUCUUAUCCUGCUGGCCAGAAGGCUGGAUGACAACGUAUGAGAUGAGUAGACAGUAUAGCAACUACAAAUUGAAGGUGUCGUCUUCGGAUAAGAAGUCUUCAUCAUCCAAUACAGUAUCGGCAGCUGAUAACAUUUCUGCUUCCUCUUCCAAUUUACCGACGGCAUCAAAGGCAAUUCUUGGUAGCUUUCAGGAUACUACGAGUAAAAAACGGAAACGACCAGCGUCUGCAACGACUUCACCGCCCGCAGAAUCCACUUCUGCAACUAUUACAGCUUCGCUGACAAAGUCUGAAUCUGCUACUACUAAAAGCGAGGCGCCGAGCAAUCAACAACAAUUAAACAAUAAUAAACAACUAUCGACUACUACAACACCUACAGUCGCAUCUAUUACCACAGAAAGAGAUACAGUUACACACAUACCUUCUCCUUUCGCAUCACAAACUGUGCAGUUAGAACAGCAGCAGCAGCAAAUCUCUCCUCUAAUAACCCCGGGUAUGAGUGUUACCAAACCGACAAAUGGUAAUGUUAUAACGAUUGACAGCGAUGAGGAAGAAAAUAACAGCACUCAACAAACUUAUACACCAUCUAAUUCAAUGAAAAUUGAAUCUUUAGUAAAUGAGCAACAACAAAAGCAGUAA